UUGGCUAGAGUGCAAAUGGGCAAUGGCGAAAAUGGUGGGCAAGAUGGCGCGUGAUGAAUUUUAACACAUGUCAAAAAUUGUUGCGAUUUCCAGAGGCGUCGCUUAAAAAUGAGGAGGAAAUGUGAGGAUGUUUUGGACUCUUCGUCCGAUUACGGUCCGAUGAGUACUGAAGAUGUUCAAGUGGACGUGAAAUAUAGUGAUGAUCUUGGACACAAAAACCCAAAACAUCUUCUUUUAAACUCGGCCACCACAGUGGCAAGCAUUGAAAUGUUUGUUCGAGAUGAGUUUCCAAACGAUCACGAAACUCUUGAUCUUGUACUCCAAUGUGAGGAGGAUGGAAAAGAAAUUUGCCUCAGCGACCAUAAAGCCAGCUGCAUGGGCGACCUUGGCAUCAACCUGAAUCCCGGCCACAACUACACCAUUCUUGUUUCACCAUCGGAGAAGCGUAACAUGUCUUUAUACGUCAAUGACGUUACCGAAGACGAUUUACUAUUAGGCGCUUCGGCAAGUCCAACAACAGGUGAAGUUUUAUCGUCUAGUGCAAGCGACAGUGCUGCACCCAUCGACGAUUAUCCCGAACAUGGACAUUGUUCGCGAUGUCAUGAUGAAUCGUCCAAUAACGUGGAGGCGAUGAGUGUUGUCGAAACGACGAAUUACGUCGGUUUAGUCAACCAAGCAAUGACCUGCUAUUUGAACAGUCUAGUUCAAGCGUUGUUUAUGACACCUGAGUUCAGAAACGCCAUCUAUAAUUGGGAGUUUGAUGGGCAAAAUGAGGCCAGGUCUAUUCCAUAUCAGUUGCAGAAGUUAUUCCUCAAUUUGCAGACGUCAACGAGGUCAGCUGUGGAGACCACCGACUUGACCACUAGUUUUGGUUGGCAAGGUAGCGAAGCCUGGCACCAGCACGACAUCCAAGAGCUGUGUCGUGUCAUGUUCGAUGCAUUAGAACGCAAAUUUAAAGACACCAAACAAGCAAAUCUUAUCAAUGAUUUGUACGAAGGCACCAUGUUAGAUUAUGUCAAGUGUUUAGAGUGCGGUACAGAAAAAUCCCGCGAGGAUACCUUUCUGGAUAUUCCACUACCGGUCAGACCAUUUGGUAGUACAGUAGCCUAUAAUAGUGUCGAAGAAGCUUUAAGAGCAUUUGUUCAACCUGAAACUUUAGAAGGAAAUAAUCAAUAUCAUUGCGAAAAAUGUAAUAAGAAGUGCGACGCACACAAAGGUUUGAAAUUUAUAAAAUUUCCUUAUUUACUCACAUUGCAUUUAAAGAGGUUCGAUUUUGACUACAACACAAUGCACAGAAUCAAGUUGAACGAUAAGGUUGUCUUUCCUGAAAAACUUAAUUUAAAUUCUUUCGUGCCUAAUAAUAGGAGUGAAAACGAUGGUUUAGAGGAGAGAGAUACAGUUGUAAGGUGUGAUGAGUGUAGUACGACGGAUUCAGGCUCGGCUUUGGAUGAUGAGAGUUGUCAGGGUACUGAUUUGUCUUCCAAUGUUAACGAUCAUGAUGAGAACUGCGAGGAUAGCGAUGAAGGAAUCGACGUGAGUUCCGGCAACGUGCACCCCGAAAACGACGCCAAAGGCCCCUACAUCUACGAACUGUUCAGCAUAAUGAUCCACUCUGGGAGCGCCUCUGGUGGUCAUUACUACGCUUACAUCAAAGAUUUCGACAAGAACCAAUGGCUGUGCUUUAACGAUCAAAGCGUAAACCGGAUAACUGAAGACGAUAUUAAGAAAACCUACGGUGGUGGCCCUCAAAAAGGCUACUAUUCGGGCGUCUACACCUCGAGCACGAACGCCUACAUGUUGAUGUACCGUCAAAUCGAUAAAGACCGAAACUGCACCGCUAUGAAAGUCGAGGAAUUUCCACCUCACAUGCAAAAAUUGCUUCAGAAUAUGAGAAAUAAAGAGAAGACUGAUAGAUUGAACAAGGAGAAACAAAACAAUUCGUUUCGGAUGACUGUCAAUUGUUAUCAUCCGAAUACGGAGGAGAUGAUGGAUGUGAGGAUCAACUUGUAUUUGGAUUCGACGUUGGAGGAUGCCAUCCAGAUGGCGCAUCGACGCUUCAAAUUGGAAGGGAUUGUGGAUGUUGACGAUUGCAGGAUGGUUAUUUUUAAUAAGAAACAAUCAUGUAUCGACUGUAGUUUCGAGUCCGAUGACAUUAAAUUCUGUGAUAUUGACGAUAAAUAUAAAGUGUGUUAUCAGGAAUGGUUAUUAGACAUCAGGGAGCCAGGAACGGAGUUUAAAACUUAUAAGAAAGGUGGGAUGAAUAAGAGGACAUAUUUCGUAAAUAUCGAAACAGAAGAUGUUCGAGAGCCUUUUAUGGUGCGAAUUGACGACGGCGAUACUGUUAGAGACUUGAAGAGUAAAAUAACCGAACAAUUGGGAGUGAACGUUAACAAUAUCCAAGUUGCAAUUGCGAAAUUCUGUAAUGAAGCUAAAUACUUGGAUGAUGAUAAUGUGACAAUUGCCGUUGAUAAUACUUCCCCUGAUUUCAAACUAUACGUCACCAAUAUCAUUGAUGAGGAUCCAGACAAGAGUUUCGAGAAUUCUAAAUUUAAGAAAAUCAUUGAUAGGUUUGAAAAUAUUGUUUAUUUGAGUGUUUUGUUGCCAGACACAGAUCCAGUGACUAUUGAUGGUUUGUUUAUACCGAGUUUGGAUUCUGAUAAGUUGGAUGCUGUGACUACGGAACGAACUAACUCGCCUAGUCUUAGAGUUUCACCACAACCGGGCAUUUUGAGUUGUGGUGAUAAUUUUGGUGAUCAGAGCAACAGUGAAGAUAGUAGUUUGAGUGAUAGCGAUAGGACGCUUGUAGGAGACGCACCAGGUGAAUGCCAGGGCAUUUUCUCGAGCAGUUCGACAUCGCCGGCCGACCAGCACAUGACCUCUCCCAUGGACCCCACCGAAGACAUGUACAACUACGACGUUCUCGGCAAUCCGUCCGAAGAAAUGCAUUGGGAUAAUCACGCGACCGGUGUCAUCCGAAACGCGACUUAUUUCAAAGUUUUAAAUACGCGCGACUGUAGACGUGGCGUUUCAGAUGCGAAUUACGCGAAAAUCUGUAAAGUGUUUGUUGAUAAUCGUAUGACUUUAGAGACGUUUAAAAAAUGUCUAGAGUCGGUAGUUAGGGUUCCUAAGGAAUAUUUUAAAAUUUACCGUCAGUAUCCGAGUCCGGAUGAGGAAUGGUCGAAUUUAUCGGAUACUUUGCGUCUAGCUCGCGAUGGCCAAACACUAACCGUGAAAUUGGGACGUGCUCUAGCGAUAAACGAGUUCAGUUGUAAAGUUUAUUUACUGCGUCCUGAAAGCACCGAAACCAAUCAUUUUCUAUUCGAACAUAUCUUAACGAGAGGACAAUCCGUGGGUCAAGUAAAAAAAGAGAUUUUAUUCAAGGCGAAAAAACAACAUAUGUUGGAUAUACCAUAUAAUAAAUGUCGAUUGCGAGAGAAGUGUCUGAAAAAACCGCGGAAAGUGUAUCUUGAUGAUCAAGUUUUCUCGGAUGAUAUUUUGGUGUUGAGCAGUUAUGAGAUUUAUCUACAGGAGUUACCCUACCCGGAGAAAGUUACAUCGACCAAUCAGCAAGCGUUAUUUGCUAGACAUUGGUGUCCAGCAACGAUGACUCUACAACCUUUUCAGGAAGUCAUCAUAGAUACACCAACCAUGACUGAACUAAAAACGAAAGUGUCGGAACUUUCGAAUAUUCCGGUCGAACAUGUUCAGGUAGCAUUUGUCAAAAGUACAUUUCCCUGCGAUAUGCAUUUGUUAGAUAUACACACCGAGUUGGAGUGGGAUCCCAACGUGACGCAUUUGCACCAGUGGCCUCUGCAGGUGGACGAUGGAACCGCCUUUUUCUACAGAGAUGGCCGCGAGAAGCUGAAGGAGUUGACGUACGAAGAGAAAAAGGAGAUUAACAUAAGAGAGAACACGCGAUUGGGUCGAGUUCCUUUGAAAAGUUGUGCCACUUUGGAGAAAUCGUUGCGAAUUUAUUUAGAUAAUUGGCCUUCUGAAGCGGAAGACAAUUGUAUAGACUGACAUGCCAGUAAACAAUACAAUAAUUCGUUACCUUACUGCGUCCUAAGCUAAAUCGAUGCCUCGGAUGGACUGUUUUAAAUAAUAACUAUUUUUUUUUAGCGAACGUCGAAAUGGCAUUGUUGUAUUUAAUUUUAUAAUUGUUGCAUAUGUGCUCUCGAUUUUUGUUAUUAUAUUUCAUUUGUUUCAUUUAAAAGUUAUAAAUUAUUGUACAUCUACUCCAUCUUACGAUUUGUAGUUUAGUUGUUUUUUGUUAUGUCGGAUUUAUUUACUGGCAUGGUUGAAACCCCAUUUUGUAAUUUCCCAAAAUGAAUUCCGGGGCCUUUGUGAAGACAAACGUUGAUUUUGAGGAAUUCAUUUUGCUAACGCUUGUCAUAUACAGCUACUUUGUAAAAAUAUUUAUUUGUGACUGAUCAAUAAAAACUUUACCUACA